AUGAGCUCAAUGUCGUCGAGGCCUCCGAAUAGCAUACUCGCGAAUCGACAAGAGAGGGAAAGGCCCCAACAGAUAAUCAUGGAUGAGAAGGACCGGACAGUGAAUCGAAAACUGCGAGGGAUCCACGUGUUCAUGAUCACCAUAAGUGGUGUCCUAGGAAUCGGACUCUAUCUCCGAAGUGGAUCUAUCCUUCGAACAGGAGGACCUGCGGCGGUUCUUAUCUCCUUCACGGUUGUAGGACUGCUGGCAUGGAUGGUUAUGCAGUGCAUUGGGGAACUACUUGCCAUAUGGCCCAUCUCUGGAGCCCUGGUAGAAUACGUGGGAACCUUUGUCGACGAGGAUUUGGGCACAACGGUCGGGAUUGCUUAUUGGAUAUGCUACUCGUUGAACUUUGCCGCCAUGAUCGUGGCUGCUGCCGGGGAGUUCGAAUUCUGGAACAGUACCAAGGCGCUCCAGGGUACAAUUAUCAUGUUCUUGGUCCCUUUGUUUCUGGUCUUGUUCAAUAGCUUCGGCGUGGAGAUAUAUGGCCUGACGGAGGUGGUCGGAGGCUUGCUGAAGAUUUUCGGGAUUAUCAUCGUGACUGUCAGCAUGAUCGUGAUUAACAUCGGCGGGGGAGUGCAAGGCCACAUCGGCACAAAGUAUUACGAGGAGCGGUCCAUCUUCCAGUAUGAUGACAAAGGGGCAGACAAUUGGGCGUCGGCACUGUUUGUCUCCAUCUCGACCGCUGCCUUUGCCUUUAUUGGGGUGGAAAUAACCGCCGCCGUAGCAUUAGAGGCACGUCCUGCGAAGACGCGUCCCUCGAUGCAGACCAAUCCACCGACCAUCCAGGUCAAGGAGCCCCGGCCGCGGAUUUCUUUCCGUUUCUCUGCGACCUGGACCAGUUUCAUUGCGUGGAUCCUCUACUUUGUCGCGGGAUUCGUGAUGACCCUCAAUGUCCCUUGGGAUAGUCCCGAAUUACCCACGGCAGGAUGGCUGGAUCAUCACAACCAGGACGGAAGAAAGCCAGCAGAUUCUGGGUUUGUUCUCAGCGCAAGAGACUCGGGGAUUAGCGGCCUGGCGGGUGUUUUUAAUAUUACCCUCCUGAUCACUGCGCUGACCGCCGCGAAUACGAAUCUGUACGUCGCCUCCCGGACUUUAUUCGGGAUGACACGAAAGCUACAUGGGAAGCAAUGGAGAUGGCUGGGCUACUUUGGGAGAACCAAUAACUAUCACGUCCCAGUGCGGUCCAUGUUCAUGUCCUGCCUUUUCCUAUGGGUUCCUUUUCUGUAUCUAUCGCCAAAGAGCUCGCGAGACACAACCAUCACCAGCCUCCUCGAGGUUCUAUCGCAGUUGGGUUCCGUCAGCUGUCUCAUCGUUUGGGUCUGCGAAUGCUGGGCUUUCAUUCGUUUCUACAACUGCAUGAAGCUCCACCAGGUCAGCCUCAACAAUUCUUUACAAUACGCACAUGUCUGUCGCUUCCAUCACCCAGGAACCCCCGACUAUUACCCCUGGCGCUCCCACGGCCAGCCAGUAACCAUGUAUCUCGCGUUGGUCGGAUGUCUCUUUAUCAUCAUCGUGGCGGAUGGCGCCGCUCUGUGGCAUGAGUUCCAUACUCCUGCAUUUCUCUCGGCCUACUUGGCGCCGAUCUGCUUCCUUCUUCUGUGGUUUUUCAUUAAAACUUAUCGGUCUGGCGGCUGGCGGAACAUCAGAUGGGAACUGGAAGACCUGUCGAAUAUCAUCGAGGUGAAGGAGAAGAUCAGGAAACUGGACGAGCUCGAGCAGCGCGCCACGGCAAGGGAUGGGGAUGGUCCCAAGCCUAGAUGGAGGAAUCUCUGGGGGGUUGUAUAA